AUGCUCCCCUGGCGGAAAAGACGUUCAUGCCGUCAUCACCUGAGGCAUGUCGAGGUGGACACACUCUACAACAGGCAAAUAUGAAACGAGGAUGAGCACGAGGAAGAAAGUGCACGCGUUUGUCCGUGUCAGACCCACCGACGACUUUGCUCAUGAAAUGAUCAGAUACGGCGAUGACAACAAAACCAUCGAUAUUCACUUAAAAAAAGAUACUCGGAGAGGAGUUGUCAAUAACCAGCAGACAGACUGGUCCUUCAAGCUGGACGGAGUUCUCCACGACGCCUCCCAGGACCUGGUCUACGAGACCGUGGCCAAGGACGUGGUUUCGCAGGCCCUCGACGGCUACAACGGUAACUGCGCGCAUUACUACCUGCUGGGUGUUGUUGCCAUUCGUUCCAUCAGCACAGUCGACUGUUUACGCUCCUGUAUUGGACUGUGUGGGCUGCCCCCUGCAGAGGUCCGACCGCUGUCCGACCUCCCCCAGGUUUUCAGGAUGAUCGAGGAGCGCCCCACGCAUGCCAUCACGGUGCGUGUCUCCUAUCUGGAGAUCUACAACGAGAGCCUGUUCGACCUCCUGUCCACGCUGCCCUACGUGGGGCCCUCGGCCACGCCCGUGGCCAUCGUGGAAAACCCGCACGGGGUCUUCAUUAAGGGCCUGUCGGUCCACCUCACGAGUCAGGAGGAGGACGCCUUCAGCCUCCUCUUUGAGGGAGAAACCAACAGGAUCAUCGCCUCCCACACGAUGAACAAGAACUCGUCCAGGUCCCACUGCAUCUUCACCAUCUACGUGGAGGCCCGUUCACGGACCCUAUCGGAUGAAAAGUACAUCACUUCCAAAAUUAACUUGGUGGAUCUAGCAGGCUCGGAACGGCUGGGCAAGUCUGGGUCCGAGGGCCGGGUCCUGAAGGAAGCCACCUACAUCAACAAGUCGCUGUCCUUCCUGGAGCAGGCCAUCGUCGCCCUCGGGGACCAGAAGCGGGACCACAUCCCCUUCCGGCAGUGCAAGCUCACCCACGCCCUCAAGGACUCGCUGGGGGGAAACUGCAACAUGGUCCUGGUGACGAACAUCUACGGCGAAGCCGCCCAGCUGGACGAGACGCUGUCCUCGCUGCGGUUCGCGAGCAGGAUGAAGCUGGUCACCACCGAGCCUGCCGUCAACGAGAAGUACGACGCGGAGCGGAUGGUCAAGAACCUGGAGAAGGAGCUGGUGCUGCUCAAGCAGGAGCUGGCCAUCCACGACAGCCUGGCCAACCGCUCCCAUGUGAACUACGACCCCAUGGACGAGGUCCAGAUCGCGGAGAUCAACUCCCAGGUGCGGCGGUACCUGGACGGGGCGCUGGACGAGAUCGAUAUAAUCAACCUCAGACAGAUCCAGGAGGUGUUCAACCAGUUCCGGGUGGUUCUGACCCAACAGGAGCAGGAGGUGGAAGCCGCUUUGCGCCGGAAGUACACCCUCAUAGACAAGAAUGACUUUGCAGCCAUUUCUGCUGUCCAGAAGGCAGGGCUUAUGGAUGCUGACGGCCACCUGGUGGGUGAGUCUGACGGACAAGGCUUUGGACUUGGGGUUGCCUCUUACUCUAGCAAACCUGGGAAGAAAACCAAGUCCAGGAGGACAUUGAAAGAGCAGCUCAGCUCCCCGGCAAAAAAGGAAGGUGGCAGCAGCCCUGUGAGCGGCAAGGAUAUGGAUGUUUCCACCUCCAAGACCCAGCUGACCCCACUCUCCAAGGAGGGGGACGUCAAGGACGUGAUUGUGCGGGACCGGGAGACCUCCAACAUCGAGACCCUCCCCUCGGACUCCCCCAAGGAGGAGCCACGCCCACCCAGGCCCAGCACCCCACCCUCCAAGCCUGUGGCCUUUGAGGACUUUAAGAACGAGCGAGGUAGUGAGAUCAACCGCAUCUUCAAAGAAAACAAGUCCAUCUUGAACGAGCGGAGGAAAAGGGCCAGUGAGACCACGCAGCGCAUCAACGUCAUCAAGAGGGAGAUCGACGUCACCAAGGAGGGACUGAGUGCCCAGAAGUCCCUGCGGGAGAAGCAGGGUGAGUAUGAGAAGAAGGGGCUGAUUAUCAUCGAUGAAGAGGAGUUCCUGCUGAUCCUGAAGCUCAAAGACCUCAAGAAGCAGUACCGUGCGGAGUACCAGGACCUGCGUGACCUGAGGGCUGAGAUCCAGUACUGCCAGCACCUGGUGGACCAGUGUCGCCACCGCCUGCUCACAGAAUUUGAAAUCUGGUACAAUGAGUCCUUCUUCAUCCCCGAGGACAUGCAGGCGGCCCUGAAGCCGGGCAGCAGCAUCCGGCCAGGCAUGGUGCCUGUCAGCAGGAUUGUGUCUCUGGGAGAAGACGACCAGGACAAGUUCAGCCAGCUGCAGCAGGACGUGCUGCCCGAGGGCCCGGAGUCCAUCUCCUUCUACAACGCCAAGGUCAAGAGAGAACAGAAGCACAGCUACUUGAAAUCCACGCUGGGCCUCCCGAAGGCACAGAGGAAGUAGGGGCUCCUCGCAGCGCCCUGCCUGCUCCAGGGGAGCUGCCCACCACCCCCCGGUCCGGCCAGUCUGCUCCAGGCUGGCCCAGCCCAGAGGACACGCAGCGGCCGGCCUGCCAGGCGGGACAUCCCCCAGAGGGGGCUCAUCUUCACAGGACGCUUCUGGUUUCGAUUCACUGUCUCACAUGCAGGGACCAGAUAAAACGGCUUAUCCUCUGGAGCGUGUGCUUAUUUCCUGUUGGGAGGCUGUCUUGCCUGUACAGGUGGGGUCCGAGCGGAGUCUUCAGUGAGAACAAGAGCGAGUAGCUGAGCCGGGCUCCGUGGCAGCCUCUCCGUUCCUGCAGGGACACCCGGGGAUCGCGGUGGCCAAAGGCCCUGCUCUCAGCCCCCUCCGAGCCGGGCACCCUCUCUGCAGCCAAGCCAUGAAGGCAGAGGCCCUCCCCACUCAGCAACCAGAGAGGACGGGCAGGUAGAAACGGCUGCAAGGAACGUUCCAUCUCCAAACAAGAGCCUGAGCGGGAGCAGCCCUGCCAUGAAGUCAGCAGCAGAGCCCGCGGGGAGGCUGGCGGGGAGGCUGCGGAACCUGCACCAGGGGACGGCUGAGCUGGAGGCAGCUGUCCCACCCAAGACCCCAGGGUUCUGUUGGAGCCAUCGAGGAAGGCUCCACCCUGGGAGAGGAGAGCGAGAGUUCCCACCGGCCUGGAGAAAUAGCCAGGAAACUCCCCAGAGACGAGGGGCACAGAUCCUGUGAGAAUUUGUAACCACGCACAGGUUUGGGAUUCAAAUUUACACUGUGCGGCCCAGGAACCACCAGGCUGAGGAAUUAGUAUAAAAGUUAGCCCAAGGCUGAAACAGCGAAUAGAACAAGAAAAAACUGCCGUACGGGCCCUUUUCCCAGCAAUACAGCAUCCCCACAAGCCUAGUAAACAUGAGCUCCCAAGAGUAAAGGCGCGCACACACGCAGGCACACAUAUAUGUGCAUGUGCACACACAUGUACAGAAACAACCUCUCAUGGAGGCAUAAUGUCAGCAGGAUCAGACUUAGAAGAACUUCAGAUAACAAGUUACUGGUGCCCCGGCCAGUGUGGCUCAGUUGGUUGAACGUUGUUCCGUGCAUCAAGGGAUCACCGGUUUGACUUCCAGUCGUGGCACAUGCCUGGUUGUGGGCUUCAUCCCCAGUGGGGGGCACGUGGGAGGCAGCUGACCCAUGUUUCUCCCUCUCCCUCCCUCUCCAACGAUUAAGGUCGGACAGAGGUCUGGGCGGCGCUCCUGUCUCCAGUCUUUACUCUGAAGGGCUGACUGCUCUGUUGCUGUGUCCUCUGCCCCUGCCUGGAGGCUCCAAUCCACUUGCCCGUUGCCCGCGGAGCCCAGAAACUCUCAUCUCAACUUGACCGUCUGCGGCAACAGGACACGGGGGGCGGGGGGGGGGCACAGGUGCAGGCGAGACUUCCUUACAUCAGGACCGUGUCACACUGCGUGGGACCUGGACGAGCGGCCCAAUUCCCUGCCUUCCUUUCCCCUGUGGACGCAGUGUCACUCCUGGGCGCCGUGGAAUGAAGUGAUGUACGCCAGUGUACACCAGGGUCUCAGCCAGCUGAGGCUGCGUGACAGUGACGGUAACUCUGAUAAAGGUGUCAGUGUGCCCCACAUUAUAUGAUAGAUGGGGAGCAGACAGACAUACUGACACACACCCAACCACGGUGGAUUCUGGAUGUGAAAAGGCAGCACUCAGACUGGCAUUACCUUUCUCCAACCCAUCCUGACUGAUGGCUUCUUAACACAUUCCGUGCCGCUCAGGAGUUUUCUCGCGUUUCGCGCGCCAUCUGCUAAGGACCGCUCACGAGUGUUCUCGUUUUUCACGCCCACGGAAAAAGGAGCGGAUCUAGAUACUUACGUAAAUUUUGUUUGGUCCCUCUUCAUAGAGGAAAAUGUUUUACGCAGUACCAUACAUUAAAAA